AUUGUAUUUUAAGUUGAAAACCGCCAACGGUUGCUUAACACGGAGCGUGCAGAGAUGGGGGCGGGGGUAUUGUUAAGGUUAUUCAAUAGUGUUGUCAAGUGCAGCUCCACCUGUGCAGUUCAUUAACGCUGCAAGUCAUAGAGGGCGUGGUUGAGUGGAGUGCUGUCAUUCGCCGGUAACUGGCUCGGAGGGCGGUGAUGGACGGCUUAACGUUCCGCCUUGUCGGCGACAAUUGGGCGAUUUCUAGCAUCAUGUGGCGGGGUGGUGUCUCCCUACUGGACGGUGCGGCGCAUCAAUCGGUGGCGUCAUGGCUGGCUGCUCCGCCCCCUAGUAAAGCGCGGUGACGAGGAGAAGGUGAUGAUAACGACGGGCGCUGGCGGCAAAGGACGUUCGGCACGGCAGGCGCCAUUGCUGUCCGCUCAACAACAUCGGACUGCCCUCGCCACUGGGUCCUCCAAACGGGCAUGGAUAGCGUCGUUGUGUAGCCGAGGGGUCUUCACGCAAAAGAAUUAUCUUGUGGGGGUCGGCGGAGACCGAAGUGCCUGCGUGUUUAUGAGCCGGGGAGCCGAAGGCGAGCGCGGCACGUCUGUUUUUUUUCGACUCUGCUGCUCGCAGUGUGAAGCUCGGAGGGCGGAGCCUGGCCGCGCGCCGUGUCACGUGGGGCAACUUUGUGGCAGCAGUAGGGCUGGUGAGGUAACACUGCAUGGCUGCAAUGGCUCCUGCUCUGACAGAAACGGCUACAGAAGGACAUGGAUUCCAGCUUUCUUCAUCAUCUUUACCAUCCAGUUCCAUGGAACCUGACACAUUCAUGCACAAAGAUGAUGCUAGUGUAGAACAGAAGCUCAAUGGUAACAUUGACACGCAGGCUGCUUGGUGUCAUUUGGCAUAUCCCUGUGUGGCACCCGGGCACGGCCAUGAUGCAACUGAAUUGAAGAAUGUUCCUUAUGGAUCUACAAUAGUGCACUCCUCAACCCCUCAUAAUACAGCCUUGUUAACCGGUGCUAAUUCUCUAUUGGACAGACUGUCCUUAAACUUAAAUCUUUCUAGUAAGAAGUUGUUCAACAAAGACUCAACGAACAUCAUUACCAAAAAUAACUCAUCUUGUGACAGAAUUAAGCAAGCAUCUGGUUUUAAUACUGGCAAAACAUAUGCUGUACCUGAAGCUAAGCUAAGUAGUAAUAAAAAUGGCAUGACAGGGUUGAGCUGCCAGAAAAUCAGCCCUUUGAAGUGUAAGAGAACUUUAACUGAUGUCGGGGAGAUGAAUAAAACUUGUGUCUCUGCUUCACUAAACUUCACUGGUCAAAAUGACAUAACUUCAAAUCAAAAGGCAGAGUUGAAACCAGCCAAACGAAAUUCUGUAUCAGCAGCGAAUGCUGUUCAUGCUGAAAAGUUACUGAGUUGUUCCAGGCAGUCAUUGCAAGAAGAAAACCAACUCAUUAGUUUCACAAGUGUAUGGAAAACUGAAAGAAAUGCUCAGCUGCUUGAGUGCCUUGACAGGCAGCAAAAACUAGCUAAAAAGGCCAGCAGACUCAAAAAAUGUUUGCAGAUAAUACAAGCAAAACACAUUACACACCAUAUUAAACAGAGAAUGCAGCAGUUGAUAGAAUCAGAUUCCCAAAGGCAGGAGCCACGUGGCACAUUAGAUGGUUCAAUACCCAAACUUGCCUAUUUGGAUGGAAUAAAGUGUGAUGACAGUGUGCAGACUGGAUUAGAUCCAAAACCUGUCAUUUCUGAACUUUGCAAGUAUACACGUUUUUCUAAAGCACUGCUUUCACACAUAGAAGAAAAUGUGGAUUCAGAUGUAACGUGUAGUAGCACAGAUGAGGAUUCAGAUGUGGAAGAUACUUCAUCAAGGAGGAAUAUCUCUGUCAAGCACAGAGCAGAAUGGGGAUGGGCUGUUGAUCGUGCCAAAAUUGCAAGUCGAUGGACAUGGCUUCAAGCACAGAUAUCAGAGCUGGAGUACAGAAUACGACACAUGAACGAAAUCUACAGGCACAUACGCUCUACCAAGGGAAUGGUAGUCCUGGAUGAUUCUCAGCCUUCCAAAGGCCUUCUCAAACAGCAGAUGCAGUUGACGGAAGCAGCUGUUCCAUUAGUCGCAGCAGAUAAUAAAACUCCUGCAGAGAUAACGUAUUCAGCCCUGGAUUCCAAUCUGGAAAUGUCACCAAGCAGCCCUUCACUUCUUCUAAAGAAUAUAGAUAAGCAGAGUGCACAGCUAACAGAAUCAGUCAACAGUUUGAUUCCUCCACUCAAUUUAUCUCCUGCUUCUUCUCCUGUAUCCUGUAAGGCAUGCAGCCGUCUUGAGGCCCCCGUCUGCAGCAUUUUAGGUGAUGGUAAACCUAAUUCUUCAAAGAGUCCCAGUUCUGAGGAAAUUCUGUUCAAGAAAAGGCAGCUAAGGAAGACUGAGCAACAACUUUCUCCACAUGACACAUCAGCAAGAGUUAGGCCUCUCCGAGCGCACAAUAAACGGAGACUUUUCUUUUCUGUUUCUAACGUGAGUAGAAAGGAUCCAGCUGAUGCUCUGCACUGCCAACAUACCUUGCCAGUAGGCUGCAAAAUAUGUAAUGUGGUGGGCCCAAGGACACUAACACGAGAAGAUCAAGUGGCUCUACUGGACCCAUGCUUUCACCCAGUAUUGUCACUAAAUUAUGAUGUCCCUCUAAAUGUCCACUUUCAAGCCUUAUUGAAAGAGGAGGAAUGGAACCAAGGACUCUUUUCCCCAAUAAUGAAUGCUUCCUUAACAAAUAGUGCGCUGUAUAAAAGACAUCCACGUGAGAGCAAUUUGGAUUCAGUGGGUUGCAAUGUUAAUAAAGACCACAGUGUAAAGGUACUGGGACAACACUGGAACCAGUCAUCUUGUACCUCUGAGCUACACACUCCAACAGAAGCAUCACAGAAGCCCUUCAGAGAGUUAAGGAAAAGAAGGCAUUCAAAUGAAAAAACUGCCGUUGUAAAUAAAAGACACUGCAUUCUGCUGAACUGUGGUGAUUCUCCUUCUGGAUCUUCAGUGAAAAUAUUACAGAUGCCAGGCCUUGGUCAACGAACUCAAUGUUCCAAUUCAACAGACAGCUGGGUGGCCAAAUCAACUCCAUUGCAAAGAGCACUUUCGCAGACAAAAGAUAUUCCUUUACGGCAGAGGCAGCAGAGUGAAUGUUGUUAUGAUAUUGAUAAUAUUGUGGUGCCCAUGUCAUUAGUUGCCACUUCCAAGAUUGAGAAGCUCCAAUAUAAAGAAAUAAUUACACCAAGCUGGCGAAUUAUGACCUUCCAACCAAUAAUGGAAUUACACUUGCAAGAGAAUGAGUUAGAGGACACUUCAGAUGAAGCAUUUGCUUUACGACAUAAAAAGCACGAACUAAAGGAGCAAGCGAGGUGGCUGUUGUGGGAACAAAGCAGAUGUCAUCGAAGGGGCAACAGGUUAUCAUCAUUCACAAAGAAUAAUGAGGAGCAUCUGAAUCCUCAUCUUUCACCUUCAGAAACUGAAAAACCUCACAGUUCCAUUAAUUGCUUUUCUGAACUGGCACAAAAUGAAGAGAUUCAGGAGUUACUCGUGGAGAGGGAACCUAGUAUAAAGGUUGUUCUACCAUGGAAUUCUCGUACAUUCCCUCUGUGUGAGGAAGAAAUGAAACACUUAAACCAUUCAGAGGAAGGGUCUGCAGUUGAGAAAGGUGCUUCAAGACCUCUCACCAGAUUAUACUCAGCAGUCAGUGAAAAUGGCCAGGCAGCUUCAGAGCAAGUGCCAUCUUCUGGAGAAGAACAGUGUAAACUCUCAGCCUGGGGACAGAACAUUGCAAAGCAGUAGUGCCAAUGAAUCUGGGGUUGUUUAGAAACAAGCUUAAAGAAUUAUCAUCAGGUGACUUUACAAUAAUUUUACAUUUUCUUUUUGAAUAUCUUCAUAGUUCUAGCCAAAUCUUCGUCAGUAUUGUGAUGCAGGUUGCCUGAGAAGUUGUAGCAGGAAUAAAGAAAACCUCAGAAUCAAUACCAAAGUCAAGAUCCUGAUCUUUAUCUCUUCUGGGGAUGAAAGUGUUCAUUUGAAGCCAUUCACUUCAAUAAACCAUCCUAUGGUAUUGACUGACACCUCAAAAUCUUUAAGCAAACUGCACAAAGAAGAUCAACAGUUGCAGGAGUAUCGCAACAAAGCCCUGGAAAUUUGCACUUGGGGAAUGAACAUAGACUGCGUUAACAGACUGCACCCUGAUUUUGCAACAUUGCUCAAUCCAUGAGACAUUCUAUAUCCCAAGAUCAUUUGACCAACAGCUGGCUGAGGUCUUAAUAAUUUGAUCAUAUGAUGUUAAGAAUUGUUCUAAAAUUGCUCAUUUUCUUUUUCACACCCAAUUGCCUUUAUAAAAAGUAAAAUUAUUUUAGUAAAAUGCUUCUCUUAUUGGCCUGACUUGUGCACAAGAGAUUUAGAUCCUCAGCAGCUGUGCUGCAAAUGUGAAAGGCGGUGGGGGGGGGGGUGUGUGUGACUAUGGUCAAAUAAACAAUACCUUGAGCACAACAGGUAGGCCCUGAUGUUCAAGGUCAGAUCCAGUCAGCGGUUGAAACCUUAACAACAACUACUGUGUACUUGAAGCACAUUUUAUGUUUACUACUUUACUAUAAAAAAUCCAUUUGUAAGUUAGUUUGGAGUUAUAUUCCUCGUUACAGAUUGAAACUAUUGUUGUGCCACUUCAUUAUUGGAAAUGUUACUAUGUACCAUGAGCUUUCAUUCAUGGCUAACAUACAAAGCAGAAAUUAUUUUCUGUGGCUGGGACUAUUGUUUCAAACUGAACCAGCCUUCAUACACUGCAUAUUAUUUAUGUCCACAAUACACUCUGCAAAAAAGAACAAUUUAGGGGUGUCUGUUAUUUCUACAACAUUUUUUUUUAAUAGUGGGCACCUUUCUUGAGCAGACCAGAGAGGAAAUCAAUCACAGAUUCCUACUUUCCAACCACCUGAUGACAGUAGCAUUCAGCUAGGAACAUGCUUAAAUAGAAGUAAGCAAUUCAGGUUGUAACUGGUCUGUACUGCAACCCAUACCCCUUGUCCUGCCCCCACUUCACUAAGCACUUAAUGACAGGUUUAAUUUGGAUUGAUUUUAUUGCAGGAAAAAAUCAAGCUUGUCAUUCGAAGAAUACAAAUUGAUUAAAUGAAUCAAUUUAGAAACUAAAUUAUUAAGAAACAAUUUUGUAAAUUAGAAACAUCUAAUUGAGCAUUCAUUUUCACUUCACCCAUGGGGCUCAAUUUAAAAACUCCACUUUCAGUACUACAACUUUAGCAUUUCUGAACUUCAUGGGCGUAUAAACAAAAAAACUAUUUGUCAGCCUUCUUGUCACUGUUGAUAGCAGUUCAACUGGUAUAACUGUGAAUGUAUCCCUAAGAAACAUUCUUUUUGUUCAGUUACUUUAUAAGGAAGCAACAUGGUUGAAUGCUGAUUCAUGCCAAAUUAACAAAUAAAAUUUCCAUGAGCCAAGGAGGUAACAAAUAUGAAGCCCCAGCAUCACACAGCAGGCUUCUGCAUUCUGCCAUGAAUGUUUUCUUUAAACCUUGCC